AUGUCAAAGGUGACUGCUCCCACCACCGACCCCACCAAGAUGGGGGUCGGACGGGCUAUUGCUGUGCUGACGUCAGGAGGUGACGCCCAAGGAAUGAACGCUGCAGUCAGAGCCACUGUCCGGGUGGGCUUGUACACUGGAGCCAAAGUGUUCUUUGUUCACGAGGGCUAUCAGGGCCUCGUUGAUGGAGGGGAUCACAUCCGCCCUGCGACCUGGGAGAGUGUGUCCAUGAUGCUGCAGCUGGGUGGCACUGUUAUUGGCAGUGCCCGUUGUCAGGACUUCCGAACCAGGGAGGGUCGUACAAAGGCUGCUUACAACCUGGUCAAACUGGGCAUUACCAACCUGUGCGUGAUCGGGGGUGAUGGAAGCUUGACAGGUGCCAAUCAGUUCCGUACAGAAUGGAGCAGUCUACUGGCGGACUUAAUUACAGAAGGGAAGAUCACUGAAGAGGAGGCCAAAAAUUCUUCUCACCUCAACAUCGUAGGCAUGGUAGGCUCAAUCGACAAUGACUUCUGUGGAACGGACAUGACCAUUGGCACAGACUCCGCCCUACACCGCAUCAUGGAGGUGGUGGACUGCAUCACCACAACAGCACAGAGUCACCAGAGGGCCUUUAUCCUGGAGGUGAUGGGAAGACAUUGUGGGUAUCUGGCCUUAGUCACUGCGUUAGCAUGUGGUGCUGACUGGGUUUUCAUACCUGAAAUGCCCCCUGAGGAUGGGUGGGAAGACCACUUGUGCAGGAGACUGAUGGAGACCAGGAAUCAAGGUUCACGUCUGAAUGUGAUUAUUGUGGCUGAGGGAGCAAUGGACAGAAACAGGGAACCAAUCACAUGUGAGCAGCUCAGACAGCUUGUGACUAAGAGGCUUGGCUUUGACACUCGCGCCACAAUCUUGGGCCACGUGCAAAGAGGCGGCACCCCCUCUGCAUUUGACAGAAUCCUGGGCAGUAGGAUGGGCGUGGAGGCAGUGAUGGCACUGCUGGAGGCUACUCCUGACACCCCCGCGUGCGUGGUCAGUCUGUCUGGAAACCAGGCUGUCAGGCUCCCUCUCAUGGAGUGUGUGCAAGUGACCAAAGAUGUCACCGUAGCCAUGGAAGAGGGCAGAUAUGAAGAUGCUGUUAAACUGAGGGGAAAGAGCUUUGAGAAUAACUGGAACACAUACAAAUUAUUGGCCCACAUUAGACCACCUGAUAUCAAGAGUAACAUUAAUGUUGCCAUAGUGAAUGUGGGAGCCCCGUGUGCAGGUAUGAAUGCAGCUGUCCGCUCUGCGGUCAGGAUCGGCAUAAUCCAGGGACAUAACAUGCUGGCGGUCCACGAUGGAUUCGACGGUUUUGCUCAUGGAAAGAUCGAGCCAAUCACAUGGAAUGAUGUUGGAGACUGGACCGGAAGGGGCGGUUCAAUGUUGGGCACCAAGAGGACUCUCCCUGGGAAGUACAUUGAGGAGAUCAGUCUGAAUAUCGCCAAGCACAAUAUUCACGCCCUGGUUAUUAUCGGAGGUUUUGAGGCUCUCAGUGGUGGUCUGGAGCUGGUGCAGGCCAGGGAGAAGUAUGAGGAGCUGUGUAUUCCCAUGGUGGUCAUUCCUGCUACUGUCUCAAACAACGUCCCUGGAUCAGACUUCAGCAUCGGAGCUGACACCGCCCUAAACACCAUCACCAUGACCUGUGACAGAAUAAAGCAGUCCGCAGCAGGAACCAAGCGCCGUGUCUUCAUCAUUGAGACUAUGGGAGGAUACUGUGGUUACCUGGCAACCAUGUCAGGCCUCGCUGCAGGUGCUGAUGCUGCCUACAUCUUCGAGGAGAAGUUUGGCAUUCACGACUUGGAGACAAACGUGGAGCAUCUUGUGCAAAAAAUGAAGACAACAGUCAAGAGAGGCUUGAUUCUGAGAAAUGAGAACUGCAAUUCCAACUACACCACUGAUUUCAUCUUUAACUUGUACACUGAAGAGGGAAAGGGCGUCUUUGACUGCCGUAAGAAUGUUCUCGGACAUAUGCAACAGGGUGGUACUCCAACACCGUUUGACAGGAACUUUGGCACAAAGAUGGGGGCGAAAUCAGUUCUCUGGCUGACUGAGAAAUUGAAGGAGUGCUACAGACAUGGCCGUAUCUUUGCCAAUACUCCAGACUCUGCAUGUGUGCUUGGUAUGAAGAAGAGAGGGCUGGUGUUCCAGGCCUUGUCUGAGCUGAAGGAACAGACAGACUUCGAGCAUCGCAUCCCAAAGAGCCAGUGGUGGCUGAAGCUGAGACCUAUAAUGAAGAUCUUAGCCAAGUACAAGAUCAACCUGGACACUUCUGAGCAUGCUCUAAUGGAACAUGUCAUUAGCAAAAGGGGUCCUGUGCCCAUGCCUGUUACAGUCAAAUAG